GCAGGUCAAUUGCGGGGCCGAAAGUGGUCCAAGUAUAUAUAGAUAGUAGAAGCAGGAGGGGAACGGACAGGACUCACCAAGGAUGGAUGAUUACGGAUAAAAGGAGAAUGGAUGGAGGGAAAGAAAGAGGAGCAAGAGGAAAGAAGGAAAAGAGAGAAGACGAACAGGGCCGCAGUAGAAGACUAACUACUGACAGGUGGAGAACGAAAAGGCUGGCCGGUGAAGACACUCGCGGUGGGCUUUGGGGGAGGGGGAGGGGCUCCCGCUGCUUUUUGCUAGGGUUGCUGCUUUUUUUCCCGGUGACGCUUUGGGACUUGUUUUCUUUUCGCUCCGCCCGACGUCACCUUCUCGCCCUCCCUCCCGUUCUCGUCCGUUUCCCCCGGAUCUUCCCUAAACAAUUACCCAGUGGUCCGAUCGUUCUUGUACCACGCGACCCAUUCUCUUCUUCCACCUCUUUCUCGGCCUGUCUGCAGACCUGCCCUAUUCGCAAUGGCGUCCAGGUCGGCCACUCCCUUACCAAAGCCAUCCGCCGCGCCCGAGACGCCUAUGGUGAAGGAUGCACCCGCAGCUCCCCAAGUCGUCCCUUUCCCUUCUCCGCAGACAUUUGAUAUUGUCCCGCCAUUGCAUGGUCUCCUUCUCCGACUCUUGUCACCGCCAACAAAUGCUGCCGGCGUCUCGAAUGGCGUGAGAUCUGCCGAUGACCCGAACGGAGCUGUGGCCCCUACCAGCGCGUCAGGUCAAUCUCAAUCUCAACCCCAUUCGUCCGCGAUCGCGGGGGCCGAGAAUAACAACAACACAGUGGUACUCGCGACGGUUCCCUCCGCCGGCCCAGGCCCCGUUCCCGCUGCCGCUGAGAUUGCUGCUUUGGGCUCGAACGCUCCCCCACCGCUUGAAAUCAAGGACCUUCCGACAGAGGCUAGCUCGAUCAAGAUCCGGAUUCAAAAGGCGUAUGCAGUGGUGGACAGCUUGCCGGAUGUGGACCGUUCGGUUGCUGACCAGGAGGAGGAAAUAAAGGAGCUUGAGAAUCGGAUUGCAAAGCUCAAUUCAGUCAUCUCCGACUUUGGCAAGAGGGCAAGACCCGAGAGUGCUAGAAAGCCGAAAUUUCAGGGACCUUGAGGGUGGAGACGGCAGAUGAUGUGAAUAUGUGCAUGCGAUGGUGUCCGUUGCUCCGUGGCCGAUCAUGUUAGGUUUAUGACAAGGAUUUGGAGGUACAGUCGCUCAAAAGAGGGCCCAAACCACCUCCGCUUCGGACGAAAUAAGAAAUGGAAGUGUCGGGGUGGAAAUCCGGGGAACAA